AUGAUAGAUCCAGAAUUUGAAACAGUAAAUAUUUUAUUAACACAGAGUCCAUGUGGAAAACUUCACGCUGACAGAAUUACAGACGUUGAAGCACUCACAGGAUAUAAAGUUUGCCCCUUUUGCAAAGAAGAAGUAUAUUCUAUCCGUGAUGACCCAGAAAGGAAAAACCAAAGAAGAUUUUUAAAACAUUGUGAGAAAUGUAAAGAAAAUAAUGGAAGAUUAAUUCAAGACGUUCAAUUGCAAAACACACAACAACCAUAUGCACCACAUAUCACGAAACAGAAGAUAUAUCAAUGGCUAUUAGCUCACAAUUUGCAGGAAUAUUAUAAACCAACAAGAUAUUAUAUUACUUUUGACUUCGAAACAUUAGAGACUAAAGAAGAACUUCAACUUUCUGAAUGUGCAACUUUGAACGCUUACUUAAAACCAUUUAUGGUAUCAUCAACUGUCAAAAUAAAGCCGCAAACGGACUCUUUGAGUCCUGAAGGUCUUUCAGACCGAAGCGGCGAGGUCGUAGACCGUGAUAAAACAUUUACGAGGAAUUUUUGCUUAACAUCAAGUGAUUCGUUCAUCUCUGAUUGGAUUGAAUUUUUAUUUUCAACCUGUUCAUUAGUUGCUAAAUCAAAUAUUGAACAAUAUGAAGAAUUAAUGAAGCCGCAAACGGACCAAACGGCGGGGACUUU